GUGGACUGGUUGCCGCUAGGAGCGCGGUCGCGACUCGGCUUGAAUCCUUCCUGCCGGCCGCCGGCUUUCGUCGGAAAACCGUUGGACGUACCGGGCGAAGAUGGAUUCGCUUCGAGCCGAUCUGUCAACCAUGGAGGAAGUGGUCGAAAAUAUCAAAUCCCUCGAAACCGUCAUCAAGAAAUUGAGAGAUGAACUAAAUGAGAUAAAUAAACCGAAGGGUUUGAUAAAAUCGCUUUCAGAGGAAAUUGAAAUUUUGCGCAAGGAGACGAAUACCAUUCAUGCCAAGCAAGAAGCUAAAAUCAAGGAAUACGAAGUCAAACAGUUGUGUUCAUUAAAAGAACGGAUAGAAAAUUUGAAGAAAGAUGUUUCAACGUACCAAGAAAAAAAUGAAUCUCUCUCUCAAAAGCAUAGAUCAGAAAUUGCCCACUUGGAGAAAAUGUCUGAACAAGUAGACCCCGUUGAUUAUAAAGCAUUACUGGACACAUUAAAACAACUAAAGGAUGAAAAUGUAUAUAUCAAAAGUGCCCUAGAAAAAUAUAAAAAUUUAGAUUCCGAGCUCUUAGAUGUAUCCAGUGAUAAGGAGAAUAUUGCUCUGUCAUUAAAAUAUCUGGCUAACGAACAAUCUGAGCUUUCUGCGUCCUCUGCUGAAACCAUAGACAAAUUGAAAACGGCGAAGCUUGCCUUGGAGGAAGAGCAAGAACAAAAUGCAAUUAUGUUGUCUGAAUUGGCGACUCUUAAAUCGGGACCCACACGCCUUGAUGACGGUACGUCUUUGUUUUAUGAAGUUGAAGGCAAAAGGCAGAAAUUGUUGAACAAUUUAAAAAUAUUAGCAAAUAAGUAUGAACAGAUGAAAACAGUGUGUUUGCAAAAAGAAAGUGAAAAAAAUAGAUUAAUGCAAGACAAUGCAAUGUUUCAAUCACUACUCGAUAACGACAUCGAACAGAAACAUUUCGACAACGAAAUAAAUAAUACUUCUGUACAACGAAUAAAAGAUUUAAAAAUAAUCUGUUCUUCGUUGAAAGACCGGCCGGAGAGUAAAAAGACGGUGAUGGUCUCUGAGAAAGAUGGCAAUUACAGCUGGUUGCCGAGCUUGCUUGAAAAAUACAAGUCAGAUGCUAAACUGUCGGAAGAAAGAUUGCAUAGUCACAAAAGGAAACUUACGGAAAUUCAAAGCAGACACUUCGAUGCAUUACAAAAACAAAACGAAAUAAAAAAAGAACAUGCAAACCUUUUAAAACAGAAAGAAGAAGUUCAGCUUAAAUUAGCACAAGAAAAGCACGGUAUGAACUAACUUGUGUCAGCUUCCUAAAAUUAACUAUCUAAUUGUUAUAUAUUGUUACAGUUAUUUUGUAUAAAUAAAAUAUUGUUUGCUAAUUUGAA